AUGAAGCUCAUCCCCUCCAAUGAAUCCCGCCCAUUGCACUCUCUCAUCGCCGUCUUUACCGCCUGGAAAGGCUUCUUGCUGGCCAUAGCCCUCGGAACCACCGUCAGCCACGACUACGACACGUCAACGUCUCUCUUCUUCCAGAGCUUGUACGGCUCAAGCGGCAAUGCAUCGGCCCUCGCAACCCGGUUGACGCGAUGGGAUGCGCUGUAUUUUAUGAAGGCCGCGCGCGACGGCUAUGUGUACGAGCAGCAAUGGGCCUUUGGAGCAGCGUUGCCGCUUACUGUGCGCGGCAUCUUGUGGUUCUUCAAGCCGUUGACGCAUCUGGUCGGCGGUGAUGAUGCUGCUCUCGAGCCCGUGGCGGCCAUCAUCUUCACGACUUUCUCUCACCUGAUUGCUGUUUUGGCUCUUCACAGACUCACUCUCGUUCUCUUUGGCAAUAAAACACUGGCCUACGUGGCAGCGGUUCUGCACAUUCUCUCCCCGGCUGGCCUCUUCCUAUCCGCUCCGUACGGAGAGAGUCCGUUUGCCUGCCUGUCCUUCAUCGGCAACCUGCUCUUCGCCACGGGUGUUCAGUCCAGCUCCAGUAUUGGCGAACGGAUCCUGGCCUUUCUCGGCGCGGGCAUUUCGUUUGGACUGGCCACUGCUUUUAGGAGCAACGGCUUGUUCAGCGGGCUCCUGUUUGCCGUAGAAGCGAUCAGGGGCUUGCUCGCCUUUUUCCGUCAGCCGAGUAUUUCAAGGCUAGCCUUGCUCGCCUCUUUAAUCAUUGGCGGUCUCUGCAUUGCAGCUGGCAGUGUAGUACCGCAAACGGUGGCCUGGUUCAGAUAUUGCAAAGUUGAUCUCACUGACGCAGAGCCAAGGCCAUGGUGCUCUCGCUUGGUACCCAGCAUAUAUACCUUUGUCCAAGCCCACUACUGGGAUAACGGCUUCUUGAGAUAUUGGACCCCAAACCAGCUACCUUUGUUCAUACUUGCCAGCCCCGUGCUCACGCUUCUUCUCAAGUCAGGAGUACAAGUUAUUCGUAGCUGGGGUCAAAGCCUCAGCCAGUCCACGCCUGUUGUUGCGGAAUCGCAUCAUACCUUUGUGCUCACAUUAGCUGCCAUCCAGACACUGGUUGCGGUCUUGGCUAUUACCAAUUUCCACGUGCAGAUUAUAACUCGGCUGGCAUCUGGGUACCCCGUGUGGUAUUGGUGGAUAGCCAACAGCCUAGGAAACGGCGAGACUCGCAAAAUGGGCUCGGGAGUUGUUGUCUUCAUGGUCAUGUAUGCCGGCAUCCAGGGAGGAUUGUUUGCCUCGUUUAUGCCGCCAGCAUAG